GAUCGCGACCCCCCUCCAUGGCUCAGGCGAAUGAGGGAGCUUGGUUACCCGCCUGGCUAUCUUGGCUAUCAAGAGGAGGAGAAGGCAGAGGUGAAAGGCCAGGAACCAGCAGCAGGAGCAGAGAAGGCUUCGAAGGAGGAGGGAGAGGACACUGAUAGCGAAGCAGGAGAAAUCCCAGCAGAGACCAACGCUGAAGGAAAACCAGUCAACGAGAAAGCUGCUGCUGCUGCUGUUGAAGAUCCGAAUGAAUUCAAGUCCCUUGCUCUUGUGCUGGAUGAUGCUUCCGAGGAAGGUUCCCUUGAUGCUGAUGGGGAUGGGGAUGGAAAGGGAGGGCGUGAAACGACUCCUGAACCUGAGCCGUUCCUUGUUCCUACUGUUGAGUUUCCGGGCUUGAAUGCUCCUCCUCCGGAGGGUGGGGAUGAAUACCUUUGGGGAGGAAGGGGGUGGCGAGCGGAUUGGGAGGAGAGUGAGAGGAGGAGGAGGUUGAGGACAGGGAAGGGGAUAGAGACAAAAGAAGGGACAGGAGCAAGGAGAGGGGAAGGGACAGAAGCAGGGAAAGGGGCAGAGACAGAAGCAGGGAAAGGGGCAAAGACAGGAGCAGGGAGAGGGGAAGAGACAGGAGCAGAGAGAGGGGAAGGGACAGAAGCAGGGAGAGGGGACGGGAGAGAAGCAGGGAGAGGAGAAGAGAGACGAGUAAGGAAAGGGGCAGAGACAGAAGCAAGGAGAGAGGACGAGACAGGAGCAGGGACAGAAACAGAGACAGAAGUAAGGACAGGAGCAAGGAUAGGAGCAGGGAGAGGAUCAGAGACAGGAGCAGCGACAAAAAGAGAGACGCGGAUGAGAAGAGAAGGGAGGAGUGGAGCCCAAUUAGGUUUGAGGAUGACAGAGGUGCUUAUGAGGGAAGAGAGAGAAGCAGAGCUGGCGACACUGAUUCUGACCGGUGGCAGUUGGAUCGUGACAGGUGGCAUGUGGGCAGCAGCAGCUCAUAUGGGGCUUAUCUGGUCCAAUCCCGCUACGACACAUCAUCACGACGACAUGACGAUUCAGCCAAUGAUCGAUAUGGAGGUGCGUGUGGUGCUGCUACCAGUCCGCCUUCUGCUUUUCUCUCUGCUUUUGAGGCUGCCCCUCCAAGGGGGGAAGGGAGUGUGGGAGCGGUUAAAGACGCAAGGGGGGUUGUCGGUGCUAGUGCUAGUUCGGCUGUGCUGUCAUGGGCGGCUGGGAUUGAGAGUGAGUGUGGCGAUGAUGGUGGCGGUGGUGUGCAGCUGGACACGUACCAAGACUACAAUCAAGGCUCAGCAGCAAGAGGAGCUAUCGCUGAAGCACCACCUUCAACCACCACUUAUUCCGGAACAGCAGCAGCUUUCACCCAGACUCCAGGAUAUUCUCAAGUACCAUCGCAGUAUACGUACAGUCAUGGCCAGUCUGUGA